UAUAAUCGAUAAUAAUAAAAAUAAUAAUCAAUCGAUGAUGAUGAGUAGAAUUUUGUCUAGAAUAUUUCCAUCAACAUCAUCAUUGUUAUGUAUACGAAUGCAACCAAAACAAUUCAGGUAUACGAAUAAUUAUCAAAGAUUUUUAUUUUCAUCAUCAUCAUCAUCAACAACAACAACAACAAAAUCGACAAAACAAACGAAAGAUAAUCAAUAUCGUUUUCGGGAUCGUAAAUGGACAGAUUAUCAUUCAAUAUAUGGCGGUGUUUUGUUGGCAACUUUGUCAAUUUAUUCAUUAUAUAAAUUAUAUUUCAAACAAAAAUGGAUACUAUUUGCCAAAGAAAACAACCAAAACGAUUCAAAAAUUAUUCCAGGUGUACCAAUCGAUGGAUUACCUGUUUAUUCGUUAGCUGAAGUGGCCAAACACAAUGAUCCAAAAACCGAUUCAGGCGUAUGGAUCGUAUAUAAAGCUGGUGUUUAUGAUGUUACCCCAUUCAUAAAUGAACAUCCUGGUGGUGAUAAUAUUUUACUUGGUGCCGGUAAUUCCGUUGAACCAUUCUGGAAGGUUUAUAGUCAACAUCAUACACAACAAGUGUACGAUAUUCUUGAAUCAUAUCGAAUCGGCAAUCUUCGAGUGGAAGAUCGUCUAAAACCUGAUAAAAAUGAUGGUGAUUCCGAUUCAUUUGAAUUCAUUCCUGUACGUGAUCCAUCAUUGUUGUUACAUCAUGAUAAACCUUUCAAUGCUGAAACACCCGGUGAAAUUUUAGUGCAAAAUUUCCACACUCCAAAUGAAAAAUUUUUCAUCCGUAAUCAUCUUUCAGUUCCACGUGUUGAUGUUGAUGAUUAUGUUCUCGAAGUUGAAGGUUUUGGAUUGAAUGAUACAUUUGAAUUUAGUUUGGAACAAUUGAAAACAUUGUUUCCAAAACAUACUGUAACUAGUGUAAUACAAUGUGGUGGUAAUCGACGUGAUGAUCUCAAUAAAGUUAAACAAGUGAAAGGAAUUGGAUGGAAAUUGGGUGCAAUUGGUAAUACUCGAUGGAGUGGUGCCAAACUAAUGGAUGUGUUAAAUUAUUGCCAAGCACAACUUGAUCAUCCAUCGAUUAAACAUGUGCAAUUUGAAGGAUUAGAUCUGGAUGCUACUGCUGCACCGUAUGGUGCAAGUGUUCCAGCUGAUAAAGCUUUAGAUCCGAAUGCUGAAUUUAUAUUGGCUUAUGAAAUGAAUGGUGAACCAUUGCCUGCUGAUCAUGGUUUUCCUAUCCGUUUAAUAGCACCUGGUAUUGUUGGUGCCCGAAAUGUUAAAUGGCUUGCUAGAAUUAUUUUGAAUGAUCAUGAAUCAACAUCACAUUGGCAACGGAAUGAUUAUAAAAGUUUUCCGCCAAACAAAAAUCAUGCUACACCGGAAGAAUUUGCUCGUGCACAUGCUAUCCAAGAGAUGCCCAUUCAAUCAGCUAUUUGCAAACCAAAACCAGAGGAACAUGUUAAAAUUGUAUGGAAAGAAUUCGAUGGCCAAAUGCAACCGGUAAUUGAAGCAGCCGGUUAUGCAUGGAGCGGUGGUGGACGUUCGGUUAUUCGUGUUGAUUUAUCAAUAGAUGAUGGCCAUACAUGGUAUGAAGCUAAACUUGAACAGGAAACACCAACCAAAGGAUCUACACACACAUAUUCAUGGACAUUGUGGCAAUUGGAUUUACCAUUGAAAACGGAACAAUUAUAUCAAGGAAAUCAAAUACAAAUCAUAUGUCGUGCAUUCGAUUCCAGUCAUAAUACUCAACCAGCUACUAGUGCUGAAAUUUGGAAUUUUCGUGGCCUUUUAAAUAAUUCCUGGCAUCGUGUCAACAUACGUAUUGAUUAAUACUCGAAAAAAUUUUAUAUUCUGAAAACCAAACUGAAUUUUUUUUUACCUUUACGUUUUUAAUUUUCAAAAACAA